AUGAUUGCCAAGGCGGCGCCCGCACUGAACACGGUGCGCGGCUUCCAAAACACCCCCGUCACCUCCGGCGACGAGGACUCCGACCAUGGCGCUGCUCCCACCCCGACCCCGACCCCGCCCCUCUCCGUCAAGUCGACGAAGCGAGCCGGUCGCCCCGCCCGCAUCGACGACGUCGUGAGCGCCAACUGCAGCCCCGUCAUGCGCGGAGCCUCUUCGCCUGCCGUCUCCGGCAUCGCGAAGCUCCGCCUGCAGAUGGAGCCUCUCAGCCUCGACACCUCGUCCCGCACGAGCACCAUGAGCACCGUCAUGACCAGCCGCAACGGCUCUGGCGAGACCGGCAUCUCGAGCGGGCUGGGCAUCCGCAGCGCCGCCAUGAGCCGCACCACCAGCCACGACGGCACCCCGAGUGAGGCAGGUAGCGAACGCUCCGAGGCCGGGUCGACGAGCUACGAGAUCAACCUCACCCACGACUACGUCGACGAGAGCGUUCGUGAGCGAACCGGUGGAAACAUCAUCCCUGUCGGGGGCAACUCUCCUCAGCGCAAGAUGUCGGCCAACGACUUUGAGUCGCUGCGCUGCUUGGGCAAGGGAACCUACGGCACCGUGCUGUUGGUCAAGCAGAACUCCACCGGCCGACUCUUCGCCCAGAAGCAGUUCAAGAAGGCUUCCCUGACCGUCCACAAGAAGCUCAUCGAGCAGACCAAGACGGAGCGCCAGAUCCUCGAGUCGGUCAACAGACACCCCUUUGUCGUCAAGCUCUACUACGCCUUCCAGGACCAUGAGAAGCUCUACUUGAUCCUCGAGUACGGACAGGGCGGUGAACUCUUUACCCAUCUUAACACCGAGAAGAUGUUCGCCGAGCCCGUCGCAGCCUUCUACAUGGCCGAGAUGCUGCUCGCCAUUUCCCACUUGCACAGCACUUUGGGUGUUGUCUACCGCGACUUGAAGCCGGAGAACUGCCUGUUGGAUGCCGAGGGUCAUCUGCUGCUCACCGACUUCGGGCUGUCCAAGGUCGCGGUCGACACUUCCGAGGACCACUGCAACUCGAUGCUGGGUACUGUUGAAUACAUGGCUCCUGAGGUCAUUCAGGGCCAGAAGUAUGGAAAGGCUGUCGACUGGUGGUCGUUUGGCGCGCUUGGAUUCGAUCUGAUGACGGGCAACCCGCCCUUCCGUGGCGGCAACCACGCUAAGAUCCAGCAGAACAUUGUCAAGCAGAAGCUCGUCAUGCCGUACUUCCUCAGUCCUGACUCGAAGGACCUGUUGACGCGCCUUCUCAAGAAGGACCCCAAGAAGCGUCUCGGGGCCAACAUGCCCAAGGAUCUGCAGACCAUGAAGGGGCAUCGCUUCUUCCGCAAGAUCGACUGGAAGAAGCUGGCUGCCAGGGAGGUCGAGCCCCCCAUCCAGCCGUUCAUCACCGACCCCGAGCUGGCCGAGAACUUUGCGCCUGAGUUCACCGACUUGUCCCUGAGCCCUGUGGUGACGGCCAAGGACCACUGGAGUUCUCUGUCAGGCAAGGAGGACGACCCCUUCGGCGGCUUCAGCUUUGUCGCUUCGAGCAGCUUGCUUGAGAGUCACGCAUUUAGAUUCACCACAGAGGUCUAG